GUUGGCCUCACCCGCCCAUUUGGCGGUAUUAGAUAUGGCUUGCUUGAUUAGGUUUGGUGGAGUAGUAUAUUUCUUUUGUCUAUAGCUAGGCCGCCGGAAAUACAUAAUGGUACUAGCCAACCUCGUUCAGCAUGGCAUGGCAUCUCCAUCAAUUUUGCCAACCAUUGUUAUCUCUCGUCUCUUGGGAGGAGGAGACGGCGUGGUGGCCCGAGAAACGGAGAUCUGCCUCCUGACAACAACCACAUCUGGCUGAUAAAUUCGGGCCCGCCGGCUCCAUGAGCACCGGCGGGCCGGCCUCGAGUAUGACUAGUAUUAAUCGGAGAGUUGAUCAUGACGACUCGUCUGGCGCCCCUGCCGCCGGCGCUGGCGGAAGCACCAGCGGCAGCGGGUUGUCGCCGACAGGGCGGUGGGGGAAGCCGGUGGGAUCCAUGAAAAAGUCGAGGCAACCCAUCAUCACUCGGGAUGACCCCAACAUGCUGAAGACGCACUUCCUAGAGAUCGCCUCCGGAGCAGACAUCGUGGAAGGAAUAGCCAGGUUUGCGCGCCGCCAGAAGUUCGGGGUGUGCGUGCUCUCGGGCAGUGGCAUGGUCGGUGAUGUCACGCUGCGCCAGCCCCUGUGGCCGGAGGGCUCCACCGUCACACUUCACGGCAGAUUCGAAAUCCUUUCCCUCUCAGGCGCCUUCAUGCCGCCGCCGUGUCCUCCCGGCGCCAACGGCCUGACAAUCUACCUCGCCGGAAGAGAGGGUCAGGUCGUCGGAGGCAAAGUCGGCGACGCCCUCGUAGCUUCCGGCACGGUCAUGGUCGCUGUGACCACCUGCUCUAACAUUACCUACGAGCGCCUCCCACUCGUUGAUGACAAGCCCGCCAAGGCAGCAGCAGAUCCCGAUGAAUCACCGGCGGGAAUGGCUGUCGCGCAGGGAUUGCUGGUCCCCAAGUUCGACGACUUGUCACCGGACCUGAUGCCGAAGGAGGAAGAUAACCUCGAAGAUAAGCAGGCACUAAAGUACACAACAGAGAAGAUGGAAAACGACGACACUCUAGAGCCAUUACAAGGUAGUACAUUGGAGCAGGUUCUUGGUAACCUCGGCCGUAAGCACAGAUCGCAAAAGAUGGAAAUUGAUCGUACUCCAGACUCUCCAGAGCCAUCACAUGAUAGUGCGUUGGAACAGACAUCAUCACAGAACAUGGAAACUGAUCCUAGUCCAGAGUCAGCGAUGAGUACCUUGGAGCAGGACGAAAGGCUGCCGCUUCAGAGAACCCUCUCUGCUAUACAAGACCUUAUCAAACGUGCUGACUGGUGGGUUCACAAGCAUAUUUUGGUUAAUCAGGCUACCAAUGACACAGUGUAUUGUGCUGAAGAUCUCUUGGACGAACUCGAUUACUAUGAGCUCCGAGACAAAAUUGAAGGAAGUACAUUGCGACCUGGAUGCUUAGAGACUUGUGACAUCAAAAUGAAGAAAGUCAAAGGAGAGCUCGAUGAACGAAUGAACCUAACGGAUCUCAUUGGCAUGCCUGAUGUGCGGCAGCUGUUUAUCGAUGAAUCUAUUUGUCAGGAAGCCAAUCUUUUUAAAGAGGAAAAAGCAAUCUUUGGGCGUCAGAAAGAGUUGAUGGAGUUGUUUGACUUGCUUGAUUUUCAAGAGAACAGUCCAACCAGUGAGCAAGUCACUGCUGCAAUCACAGUACCUGACCGUGAUCAAGCAAGACCAGAAAAUGUGUCUGUUUUACCAAUAGUAGGAAGAAGUGGUGUCGGGAAGACUACUCUGGCCCAUAACAUUUUCAGAGAGAAGAGAGUUGGUGAUCAUUUUGACCUGCUAAUUUGGAUACGAGAAGAAGUUGAUUAAGAAGUUGAUACAAUCUGUUGCUGAAAGCGAAAUGAAAUCUGACGAUUUAAGCUAUCUCCAGAGAAUCCUAACCAAUGGCAUCAUUCAUCACUCGAGGAGGUUCUUGCUCGUAAUCGAUGACGCGCAGGAGGAUAUAUGCCGAGAAGAUUGCCAUGAAUGGAAGAGUUUCCUCGCCCCACUGAAAUGUGCCAAAUCAGGUAGUAUGGUUCUGGUGACCACAAGGUCUCUCAAGGUUGCUGAUCAUGUUGGUACAGUGAAGCCUUUCGUGUUGGAGGGCUUACCUGAAGGAGUUCUUUGGGAGUUCUUUAGGAUGCAUGCGUUCGGUUCUGAUAAUUCUGACCGCAAUACAGUGUUAGCGAGCAUUGGCAGAAGUAUGGUAUCAAGGUUAAACGGUUCUCCUCUGGGUGCCAAAAUGCUUGGACGACUAUUAAGCCUGAAACAUGAUCCAAUAUACUGGAGAAACAUCUUGGAAAGUGAGUUGUGGAAGCUACAUCACGAGGAGAAGGAAAUGAUGUUCACACAUGAAGGGGAGGAGAAGAACAGCAUCAGCCCAGCCCUUAAGUUGAGCUACCAAUAUCUGCCAUUCCAUCUGAAGCGCUGCAUGUCCUUCUCUUCUGUGUACCCAAGGGACUAUGAGUUUGACGCGGAGACACUAGUGGAUUGCUGGGUAGCAGCGGGCUUAGUGUUGCCUUAUGGAGGAAUGCUUGCACUGGAUGUGGGCCAUGGGUAUUUCCAGCAGCUUGUGAAUCGAUCCUUCUUUCAGAAAGCUCCAACAUCUUCCAGAUAUAUCAUGCAUGAUUUGGUGUACGCUAUGGCACAGCAAAUUUCCAGCAAUGAAUGCUUUGUGAUAAACAAUAGAGAAGACUUAUCGAGAAUUCCUCCCAAUGUUCGUCAUUUAUCAGUUCUUGGCAGCAGUGGACUGAAAAGUAGUGAUCUAGAAAGCCUGCACAUGUACAAGACGUUGCGUUCUGUUAUAUGCAUCAGUAUGGACUCUGAUAUUGUCACUACUUCUGUUGCUGAAACACGGUUCAGUGAUCUCGUUAACAUUCGAAUGCUCAGAUUCAUAUCCUGUCAGCUGAAGGAGCUACCUGAAAAUGUGGGCAACCUAAUACAUCUUCGCUAUCUUGACAUCUCUGCCUGCGAUUUUGACAAGUUUCCGGAUUCUUUUUGGCGUCUCUAUAAGCUGGAAAUUUUAGAUGCUCGAAACUGCAAAAUCAGAGAUGUUCCCAAGGGUAUCAUCAAGUUAGUAAACUUGCAGAGAGUUAGACUGAAGGAUGAUCUUAUGAGACAACUCGGUGUGUGCCGAGUAUAGGUAAUCUUGUCUUUCUUCAGGAGAUGCCUUGCUUUGAUGUCAGUGAUGAGCCUGGGAGAAGAAUUCAAGAAUUAAAGAACAUGAACCAUAUUCGAGGAAUAUUGGAGAUAAGUGGCCUCUGCAGCGUCAUGGGUAUGGUGCAAUCUGCUGAGGCUGAAUUAGAUAAGAAGAUUUACAUUGAUACAUUGAUUCUGUCGUGGCACGAGUCGAUCAGGCCUGAAAAGCACAACAGUGGCCAGGAGAUGGAAGUGCUUGAAGGCCUGCGCCCUUGCUCCAAUAUCAAACAUCUGGAAGUCAAGUUUUAUAUGGGCGAUGGGCUCCAUCCAAGUUGGCUCCAUGAAGAUGUGCUAAGCAGCUUGGCGUCGCUCUCGAUCAGCUCAUGUCCUAACGUUGCAACCCUUUUCGGCGAACCCUCCAGAACAGGCGGUAGCACCAGCAGCUCUACCGGGUUCCGGUCACUCACCAAGCUGUGCAUUACCUGGUGCAGAAGGCUAAGAGGCCUUGACAAUUUCCUGCAUCCAGAUAACCUGCCGGCGAUCAAGGUGGUAAGGAUCUCAAACUGUGAGGACCUAGCGUCACUGCCAACCAAGAGCCUUGGGGGCUUUGUUCAUCUGGAGGAUCUGGAGGUGUCUCACUGCUGGAGCCUCGACUGGGAGCAAAGCUUGGCCUUGCCCGCGUCGCUGAAAGUACUCAAGCUUGAGGCAUGUGGGGAGUUCUCCGAUUCGACGCUCAGCUGCCUCCGCGGCCUCGUCGCUCUUGCCAGCUUGGACCUACAGUUCUGCCCGAGCAUCGAGUCCAUUUGCACCGAAACCUGGAGCGGCCUAGUGUCACUGCAGAACCUGAAGAUCGUAUGCUGCCAGGGACUGAAUUCGAUUGGAGGACCAGGCUCGAUUGCACGUAUAAAAGACGUGGAUAUCAGGCACUGCCCCAAGCUGAAAGAGCUAGUGCAGCCGUUUCGUAGAGGCUGCUACUGCUAGCCAACGAUGGUUAUGUAUUCUGCCGGCUCCUCUCCCCUGGCAGUUGCUCGGUUGAUGUUAUGUGUCUAGACUCUUUUUUUUUUUUACUCUCAUUUUGUGUAUCAAGGGGGACCCUUCAGCCUCUUUUAUUUGUACUACUAGAUCGUACGGCCCGGUACAACCCUGUUUGGCA